UACCUUAUCACUCACUGACACUCAGCUUUUAAAUAACUUUAAAACCAAAUCAAUUUCGAACAUCAUGAUGACCUUCUACAGGCUUAAAUUUUUGAAUCAAGACAAUCGAUCACUAUAUAAGCCCAGUGAAAAAUGAGGAGAACUGUUUUUGCACUACCUGGUGGUGGUAUCCAACAACUACAAUGUAUAUCGUACCGCUGCUUCUUGGGUGGCUUGCUUUUGCAGGCGCUCAAAGACUGUCGCAAGUUAUCCCUGACACAUGGAGCGAAACUUAUCCUGAGAUCUUAACCCCGAGAAUAUCCGAACUAGUUUUCCGGGAUAACAAGGAGUAUCGCUACAUCUACAACGGCCAAGUCUUGACCGGUCUUCCGGAAUCCGCUAACCAGUACUCCGGCCUCCGAAUCCGUGCCAUCUUCACCAUUCAGCUUCGCAAUGGCAUCGAUGUCCUUAAAAUCGAGAAAGCCGUCUUGGGACGCAUCAACGAACGCAACAUCGUCACCGGACCAUUGAAAAUCCAGCCGAUCCAGGACUUCGAUGAACUGCAAGGCGAGGAAGCCAGAGAAUGGGAAGCCGCCUUGACCAAGCCUAUCCGCUUUGAAUACAUCGACGGCACUGUGACCAAUUUGGUGUCGAUGGAGAGCGACCCCUUCUGGUCGGUCAACAUCAAGCGCAGCAUCCUGGCCACCUUCAAUCUCAAUCUCAACAAGCGAUCGUUCCCCACGAAAGCCGGAGCCAACAAAUUCCUUGCCGGAUGGAACACCCGACAGGCUGGUCUGGACAACGUUGAGUACUUCACCGUUACGGAGGAAGGUAUCGGCGGAGAAUGCGAAGCCACGUACAUCGUACAGUCGCUGCCCACUGGUCCUUGGGGCAACGUCAUCCCAUCCAUGCCCGGAAUGCCCAGUGCCAACAUCCUUAAUGUCACCAAAUCCUGGGAUUAUACCAACUGCAAUAACCGCCCCAUCGAAUUCCAGAGCCUGAACAACCCCAUCAAAUGCGAGACCAAGAUCGAUGCCUCCAUGUGCACUAAACAGAAACUGGACAAGGAUAUGGAUGAUAUCAUCAACUCCGGAGCCCAUACCCGAUACAACAUUGUGGGAACCCGCAACCAGUACAUCAUCGAAACCGCUACCACGGAAGCCGUCCACAAGUUCAUCCCGUUCAGCGAGAAAGCCGGCAGUCUGACCGCCUACGUCAACGCCACCAUGAAGCUGAUCUACUCCGGUGACUGGUCACGUGACUCCAUCCUGCCCACCGAAGCCGGUAUCUCCCUGAAAGGACUCCGUCAACUGUUCCCGAAGUUCGGUAAAUUCCAGAAUGACAAGUACUGGAUGGAGGCUGAGGAGGCCAACAAGCCCUUCAUGCUGUCGGCCGGACAGUGGCCCAAUGUGGCGGCCAAGAAGGUCCUGGUCAAAUCCCUCCUGGACAAGCUGGUGGAGGAUCUGUCUGAUAACGAAGUGGAGCCGGAAUCCGCCAACCUGGUAUUGCAGCUGUCGCUCAUCCUGCAGUAUGCCACGCCCGAAGAGGUCAUGGAAAUCCACCAGACUGUCAAAGCCCUUUCUCAUCAGGCUUUCGAUCAUGAACAGAUUCAGAAACUGUGGAUGGACAUCUUGGCUCUGAGUGGUACCAAGCCCACCGUUCUGUUCAUCAAACGUGAAAUCGCCAGCGGCAAAUUGGUCGGAGAACGCGCGGCCCAGAUCCUCAAUACCCUCGCUUUCAGCAUCCGCAAAGCCGACAAGGACAUCGUCAACGAAGUGUUGGAGCUCUGCAAAACGCCCGCGGUGGCUGCACACUCCAGCCUCAAGAAGGCCUGUUGGCUGACCUUUGGUACACUGGCACAUACCUCGUGCGUGGACGAUCUAGAAACCACUACGUCCAUUCAGAAUGUUGUCGUCAAACCCGGAAAUCCCCACUGCUCGUCCGACGGCAAACGCCGCUUUGUUACGGAGCUUAUUGCCCGCAUGAAGACCUUCCAAAACGAAGAAGAGCAGAUCCUGCUUAUUAAGACCAUUGGCAACACUGGUUUCGUCGAGGCCAUCGAUGAGCUGAAGGCCAUCUUCAGUGAUGACACCCGCACCGUCCACAUCCGCAUCCAGGCCAUCUACGCGCUGUCGCACAUUCUGCGCAGCCAGCCGGAAAUCGUUUUGACCGUCUUGGUGCCGGAAUUCCACGACGUUACUAACCCGUACCAGGUCCGUAUUGCCGCCUUCGACAUCAUUCUGGAAUGCAAACCGGAACUGCCUGACCUCGAACUCAUCGCUCGCAGCCUGCAAACCGAGAAGUCCAUCCAGGUCGGCAGCUACGUGUACUCCAAGCUGAACUCCAUGGCUAACUCAACCCAUCCUUGCUUCGAGCAAGUUGCAAAAGAUGCUUCAAUCGCUCUGGAAUUCGCUAAGCCAUUCCACACCGGCUUCUCUUUCUCGAAAGGAUUCCACUUUGGAGGUUACUCCGAGCAACUGGAAGUGGGAGGAUUCGCCGAAGUCAACAUGAUUUCGGAUCCAUCGUCAAUCGUUCCCCGUGCGGUCAACUUCCGUGUUAACACGCAUAUGUUCGGAUUGUCCCAUGAUCUCAUUGAGGCUGGCAUCGAGACCGAAGGAGUCAACUCCGUCCUCAAACGCCUCUUCAUGACCCGCCCGGACGCUCUGGUCAACCCAGUCUCCGUGAUAGACUUCAUGAACGAAGGCGACGAAGAGACCAUCCGCAGCGACAGCAACUACCGUCGUGCCGGUUUCCGCAUGUGGGAACGACCGGAAUUCGACGAGAUCGAACGCAUCCUGGGUCUGGCCAGCCGUGUGGACAACGACGUUAAGGGCUCCGCCUACCUUAAGAUCUUCGGCCAGGAGGUCCGUUUCCUGACCCUGACCCCGAAAUCUAUCAUCAAACUGGUUACCGAUGCCUAUCUUAAACCCACGGAAAUGGUGGGUCUGAUCAACGACGCUCUCCCGGUUGAUUUCCGCAAAGCCCUCAUGGCCGCCGACACCGAAAUCACCAUCCCCACGGAAUUGGGCCUGCCCUUGACCGUCGAACUGAAGGCCCCGGUUGUUGUUUCCGCUAAAGGUACGCUCGGUCUCAAGACCACGCCCCCGUUGUCCAUGAGCACAUUGGUGGACAUUCCGCACACGCUGUCCAUCGAGAGCGACAUUGAUGUCAGCGUGGCCAGCGAAAUCCACGGAAAGAUGUCCGUAUGGUCGGCUUUCUUCAAGGCCGGAUGCGGUGUUCUGGGAAAGGUUUCCACGGUUAUCCCCGUUGAUGGUGCCAUCACCUUUGACAUCAAGACCGGUAACGUGCAAUCAUCCAUUAACAUCCCCAAGCAGCCGCUGGAACUCAUCAAUCUCGAGAUUUUGCCGGUUACUUACACCAAGGUCAUCCCCAAGAGCCUUGCUCCCCAUCAGCCAGACCGCAAGGAUCGGUAUGACGUUGAUCGCUCCCAGAAAGUUGUACAGUUCAACCGCCCACCUCUGGCCAACGAAAUGCCCAACGAGUUCUUCUUCUACAAGACCGACAUCAUGGAGAAUCCCUUCAUGCUGACGCAAUUCGGCCGUAUUUCCAGUGAAUACUACAAAGGCUUGUCGCUGCCCAUCCUCGACUACAAGGAAGUGGCCACGCUGGACAUUCUUAAGACCAAGUUCAUUGACUUCCGCAUCGGUCAUCCGGCUUUGGGUGUCAUGAUCAACGUCAAUGCCCAUGUGCAGGUUCCCACUGGCGUGCCCACCAUGCCCAUGGUGCCAGUUGGCGGCAAAAACCGACUCAUUGUCACGCUUGUUCCAUUCAACACCGGACUUAAGACGAUCAAAACCACCGUCUUCCUCCGUCAACAGCAAAUUGCCCCAAUGACCCCUCCUUCAUGGAACUUCCUCUAUGAUCAGCUUACGGGCUACAAUACCGCCGGCAUUCUCCAACGUUUGAACGAAGGCCUGCCGACCGGAUUUGAGAAAACCGACAAACUGGGUGUCAGUGCGCAAGUUGUUGUUCAGGGCAUCAGUGUGUCCGGACAGGAAACGGCCAUGCAAGGUGUCUUCAGCUGGGUGCGCGGUCUAGGCGGAAAGUUCGUCAAGAUUGCCGCUGAAUUUGCCAGCCCCCAUCCUCAAUUGUCUUACCAGAUGUGCGUAAACGGCCAUGCUGAAUACCCGAGCGAAUACGACAGCUGGAUGUUGAUGCCCGGCAUGAACAAGCCGAUGAUGGGUCAGUUUGAGGUGUCUUUCGGUCGCAACUGCUAUGCUGGCGAAGCCACUAAGCUCCGCAUGAAGUUCGUCGGUGACAAGAGCCCCAUCCAGUUGAUGAUGGAAAAGAACGAUUACUACAGUGUGGAAGGAUCCGUUAUCCCAAACAUCAUCAGCAAGUCCAUCGAGCCGAUGGCCCGCUCCAUCCAGCCGGUCUUCCAGGAGUGUGAGAACGACCGUAAACGCGGCAUCCGCUUCAGCCCCGCCUGCGAAACCGUCAAAGAUAUCUACAGCACCCUGAUGCAGAUUAAGAUCGAUAUUGACUACCAGAACAUUCCUUACGGUCUGGAGAAAUUGUUCACCAAGAUUGAACACUUCCUGCACAGCAUGUGCUUCUGGGACAGCGAAGUGGACACCGUUCGCGUGGCCAACGCACCCAACAAAGUGACCAUCCUCGCUGACUUCACCUCUGCCAAGGACCGCGUGGAUAUUGUGUACAGCACCCCCCACAAGAACGCCAAACUGUUGAGCAUUCCGGCUCCGUAUCCGUUGACGCCCAUCUCCGCUGACGACAAGCCCAUGGAUCUGUGGGAACUCAUGUGGGGCGAAGAUCUCGACGAUAUGUGCACUGUCUCCGGCGACGAGCUGAACACGCUGGACAAUGCGCGCUUCAAGAUUCCACUGAGCGAAUGCUACCAUCUGCUGGCUAAGGACUGCAGCAUGGAGCGUGCUUGGGCGGUGAUGUACGCUGCCGCUGGAUCGCGCUUUGGCGAAGCAAAGAAAGUGUUGGCUUACAUCGGGUCGAAGAAGAUCGAACUGAUCCCAGCCGAUACCGUCUCUUCUCGCUUCCAAUCUGCCACCGAUAUGGUCAUCCUUAUUGACGGCCGCCCAGUCCCAGUUGGUCCUCUGGCCAACAGCCAGUUCAUGGUUGAGAACGGAAUUUACAUCAGCAUUGAAGCCCAAGAAAGCAGCCUGACCCCGUACUACAAGAUCUCAGCUCAACCUUACGGUGUGGAACUGUGGUUCGAUGGGCACAAUGUGGCUGUCAAGCCUACUUUCUGGCUCCGUAACCAAAUCUGCGGUCUGUGUGGUAAUAACAACGGAGAAAGCUGGGAUGACAUGACGCUGCCAACUGGUAAAUUUGCCGAAUCCAUUCCGGAAUUCCUUCGUGGAUACAUGAUGCAGAAAGGUGGUUGUGGUGCUGAGCUGAAGCCAGUGAUGAGCAUGCGCACACAGUCGCUGUUCCCCACAUCUUUCGCAUCCGAGUGCGGUAAACAGAAAACCAUCAUCAAGACCCGUCCUGGUUUGGUCUGCUUCUCCAUCGAGCCUGUGACCAACUGUCCUGGUGGAUGUAACUCCGAGGAAGAUGAAGAUGACGACGAUUACAUUAUGGUCAAACGCGCACCUUUCCACUGUAUUCCUGAAGAUAGCAGCCUAGCACAGAGUCUCCUGGCCGAAGCUCAGACCCGUGUACUCACGGAAAUGAGCCAGAAGCCGGUAAACGAUUACUUUGUUGUGCCCAAAGUGGAAUCGUGUGGCUCAGCUGCCGGUCGAUCAAAGAACUCGAUCAAAUCCAGCAAGUUGAGCUGGGGAAAGCACAUCUGGGCUUAAUUUUAAAUUGAUUACAUCAUGAAUUCAGAUGUUGAACCUCCAAUUGUGCUGUUAAAGUCGUUUUGUUAAGUUUUUUUUUAUUUUAUGGUGCCGACGCUAGACGUUUAGGUUUUUGGUUUAGUUUACACUCUAAAGCAUGUAUGCCUGCUGUUUGCAGAAUAUUGUUGGAUACUUGUAACAUCUAUUAAAUAAAAACCUAACAUUUG